ACCCUCCCCCACUUCACCAUCCUCGGAAGAGACUUCACUACACAUCAUCUCCCGACUCCCCAAAACAACAAUGCAAUACACAAUAUUCUGACGGACUACAUUCAUCCUGCAAGGUGGGCGGCACACAGGCACAUACAGUGUCACAGGUUAAACACAUUUUAUUUCUCGGUGUUUGACAUAAAAAAAAGCUGAAGGUCGCUUGAAACCGAUGGAGGACUGCAGCUUCCACGGCCAGCUCCUGUCCGUCAUGGAGGUCCUGGCCAAGGCGGCCGUGGCGGAGAUAAACCGGCGUGUGGAUGACAGCUGCGCGGUGCUCCGGCUGGAGGUGAGCCAGAGCCGGCGGGACAUCGACCUGCUGCAGAGGAAGUGUGAGGUGAUGGAGGCAGAGCUGAGGAGGACCAGGAUGAGAGCCCGGAGGAAAGUGUUUUAUCCUCCAGCAGCCGAGAGGUUUUCUCCUUUAGUCAAAGUAGUGUUGCACAAAGAGAGACAGAGCACAGACUGGGACAGACAGAUGGAUGCUGAGGCUCAAAAUCAACCCCAGCAGGGUGCUGCUGAAGCUGAACACAUACUGAUCAAAGAGGAGCGUGCAGAGGAGGACAUGUGGAAGAACGACUCAGAGGACAAACUGAUCUCUGAGCAGCCGCCAUGUUUCGAAGCCUCACAACCCGCGCGGACCGACUCGGCUGAGAACCCAGGCGACCCCGGACAUCUGGCAGACGGGUACAGCGCUUUCCCGGACCAGCAGCUAAACAGAAACCAAAAUGAGGCCGAGCUCGUAGUGAAACACGAGCGAGAGGAAGAGCCCGACGAGAACGCAGCUCCUCUGGAUUCAGCCCACGAGUUUGUGACAGAGGACGGCGACGGUCAGCUGUGGGCAUCCAAUCUGUGCAGAGACGCUGUUGACCCGGGCUUCUCGUACACCGGGCAGCAGUUUGAGCCAGUUCCCCCGGUGUUCCCGUCUCAAAGUGGGCUUCAUUUGGAAGACAUGGUGCCCCAAAUCCACUCAGUGGGGAAGUCACAUUCAGUCGCAGUGAGCGCAGCACGGGUGAAAAGACGAGCCAGAGUGUUUGGAUGUAAGAGACCACAACCAGAGGAAGGACACAAUGCUUUAUCUCAGCUCAACACCAUGGAUCAGUGUUUGAUUCCUCAGCAGCCACAGCAUCAGUACAGAGACUCCGCGCCUCACACGAGGAACCCGAACGAGGAUUCGGCGCCUCCAAACACAGCGGACACCAAUUUCUGCGGGCGCAGCAUCAGCUUCGGCCUGGUGAGGAGGAUGAGGGCGCCCUGGAGGUCCGGCAUCGGCGAGAAGAGGUUCAGCUGCACGUACUGCGACAAGAGCUUCAUGAGGUUCAGUCAGCUCAAAGAGCACCUGAGGAGCCACACCGGGGAGAAACCGUUCAGCUGCCUGCAGUGCGGCAGGAGCUUCACCAAACAGUGCAACCUCAUCCGACACGCGGUGGUCCACAGCGGGGAGAAACCCUACGAGUGCUCGCUGUGCGGGAAGUGCUUCACACAGCGCUCCAGCCUGAAGUCCCAUCAGAAAACGGCGCACUGAGUUUACAGGCUGUUAUUUUAUACACCUGAUUCCAGUUGUUUGGUAACUUUAAGAAACAUUCCCCGAACUGGAGCGAGGAGAUAUAUUGAUAAAAGUGUUUGUUUUUAUUGUUUUUAAUAUAAAAUAAUAUGUGAUAUAAUGUUUGUAUAAUGAAACAGGCGAGUCUGGAAUCAUAAUAUAAUAAUUUAGUUUCAAGUUUAGCUACAAAUCAUGUAUACUUCACUUUUUUUCCUAGUAUUUUUCCUACCGCUCUAGGCAGCCACUAGUUUCCAUUCAUUCCCAUACAGUAUUAAAAAGUUAGUGGACUCUUGAAGUGUUCACUGCACAACAAUAACUUUACACAACAAUGUGUAUACAGAGUUUUAGUGAUGGCUGCUUGAAACUGAAGGAAAAACACAUGGUCAUUAUAUCUUAUCUGUAGGAACCGGAUCAAAACAUGCAAAACCACCGGCGUGUCCCUUUAAAUGCGUAUCAUCCUGUUUCGAAAAGGUUCAGCUGACUGCUGUAGGCGAGUUAUACAAACAACGAAGACUCAACAUCGCUAAUAUUUUUAUGUGUAGAAAUAUCUUUGGAACAAAACCAACUGUCGUAUUGUCGCAUUAUAUUGUGAGAGUGUUUGUUUUACACGUUGUAUUGUUGUGACCUACAAUGAUGCACAUUACUAGACGCAGACAGAAGUAUGACUGAUGCACAAAUUAAAAAUAUCAGAGGUAAA